UGAAAUCUCGCGAGAUGAGAGCUGCUAUGGAUUGUAGCUGGCUGGCAGGAGCCGAGGAGCUGGGCGCUUAGACAGCGAGCCGGGGCUGCGGGCUGCCUUAAUACAUAAGAAAACCGGGCCUGUCCCGCGAAAAGCGAGCCUUUCAGGCGCUGUGGGAUGGCACUGAUUACCCAUGAUGCUCAGGACUGUGGGCAUGUAGCCUCCAGCUAAUUCUGUCCGGCCCCUCCCCCUUUCCAAGCCAAGAUGGCGGUCCAGGAAUCAGCUGCUCAGCUCUCAAUGGCUCUGAAGGUUCAGGAGUACCCAACUUUAAAGGUGCCAUAUGAGACUCUAAACAAGCGCUUUCGGGCAGCCCAGAAGAACAUUGACCGAGAGACAAGCCACGUCACCAUGGUUGUGGCUGAACUAGAAAAGACGUUGAGCAGCUGCUCGGCCGUGGACAGUGUGGUUAGCCUGCUUGAUGGCGUUGUUGAAAAAUUAAGUGUUCUUAAGAGAAAGGCUGUGGAAUCGAUCCAGGCAGAGGAUGAGAGCGCCAAACUGUGCAAACGGCGGAUUGAACACCUGAAGGAGCACAGCAAUGACCAAGUGGCGGCAAUCAAUAUGUGGAAAAAGAAGCGUAUGGACCGCAUGAUGGUGGAACAUCUCCUGCGCUGCGGCUACUACAACACGGCUGUGAAACUAGCUCGCCAAAGUGGGAUCGAGGACUUGGUGAAUAUCGAGAUGUUUCUGACUGCAAAGGAAGUGGAGGAGUCUCUGGAAAGGCAAGAAACCAUGACUUGCCUGGCUUGGUGCCAUGAUAACAAAUCAAGGCUUAGGAAAAUGAAGAGCUGCCUGGAAUUCAGUUUGAGGAUCCAAGAGUUUAUUGAGCUGAUUCGGCAGAAUAAGAGGCUGGAUGCUGUUAGACACGCACGGAAGCAUUUCAGCCAGGCAGAGGGGAGCCAGCUAGAUGAGGUGCGCCAGGUGAUGGGGAUGCUGGCCUUUCCCUCCGACACCCACAUCUCUCCUUACAAGGAUCUUCUGGACCCAGCGCGGUGGCGAAUGCUGAUCCAACAGUUCCGUUAUGAUAACUACAGGCUUCAUCAGUUGGGGAACAACUCUGUUUUUACUAUAACACUUCAGGCGGGCCUCUCGGCUAUUAAAACACCACAGUGCUACAAAGAGGAUGGGACCUCGAAGAAUCCCGACUGCCCCGUGUGCAGCAAAUCUCUGAAUAAAUUAGCACAGCCCCUCCCGAUGGCACACUGCGCCAACUCCCGGUUGGUCUGCAAGAUUUCCGGAGAUGUCAUGAAUGAAAACAACCCUCCCAUGAUGCUCCCAAAUGGAUAUGUGUAUGGAUAUAAUUCUCUGCUUUCUAUUCGCCAAGAUGACAAAGUCGUUUGCCCUAGAACCAAAGAGGUCUUCAACUUCUCCCAAGCUGAGAAAGUCUACAUCAUGUAGGCGUGGGAACCUCCUCGUGCCUCUCGCCCCUCCCCCCACACCAUGACCAGAGUGCUCGGCCGACAGCAGCAUAAACCGCACAAUGGGAGGGGGGGCAUCGGCGACUGUUCAGUGGUUGCAUUCAUCCUUUCUUGCAACCAAAGAUUUACCAAGUAACAACAGUACAUGCGUCAAGGAAACAUCUGCUUCCAAAUACAAAAAACAAAAACAUUUGUACUUGAAAUUUACAGUUUUGAUUGUGCGAGUUUUGUAACGAGUCGCGACUGGCGCUUCUGAAAACUUCUUUAAGAAUUUAGCCAUUUUCUUUUUUUUUUUAACACUUAUUUGCUAUAGAGACUUGCGAUGCUUGGCCCGUUCCUCAAGUUCUGAGGUUCUAGGGUUCCACUUUUGAUUUUUUAGAGGUCUUGGGAUCAUAUGGUUAGCGCUAAAGCCUAUUUUGCUUUGAGAAUGUAUUCACGGGGAAAUCAAACCCAUAUUCUUCCAUGUUGGACUUCCCAGAGCUUUGCCUACAUUCAGUAACUGCACAUAAGCAACAGCCGUGGUCCUGAUCCAGUAUUUUCUGGAUACACAACGCGUUUUCAACCAACAGCCGCAAAGGAAAUUUUAGUCUUUGUAACCUUAAGGAAACUUUGCUGUAGAAAUUUGUAUUUAGUGCUUAUUUUUGCAUGUUGGUGUUCAUCAACUAAUAAAAUAUUGUUCAUUUAA